AUGGUUGUUCAUAUUGUAAACACCCCGGAAAAGUUAUCAAUCAAUAAAGUUGUAAAAUACCCCCCAGAUCAAGAUUAUCCUCUAAGGAAUCAUACAAGUGCUAUUGAGAAUAUGAAAACUGCUCUAGUCACUAGUAGGAGAAUUAAGGGAUACAAAGGAAUCUCAGCUGUCAUUACAAUUCCUGAUUUCAACGUUGUAUGGGGAGCGCCCAUUGAUUAUAUGCACAACGCACUGCUUGGUGUUGUGAAACAAGUUUUCGAAAUUUGGACUACCUACAAUUAUAGUGAAAACAAUAAUAAUUUUUACAUUGGCUCUCCUAGUACUCUAAAAUUAAUAAAUGAAAAACUGUUAAACAUUUCUCCACCAUCAGAGAUUCAUCGUAAACCAAGGUCAUUGUUCGAAAGAGCUAAAUGGAAAGCUUCUGAAUAUCGAUCAUGGCUGUUAUUUUCUUCCCUACCUUGUCUAAAUGGUAUAUUACAUAACCGAUAUUUGCAACAUUUUGCUUUACUGCAGAAAAGCAUUUUCAUUUUGUUACAAACUAAUAUUGAACAAUAUGAUCUUUCUCAAUGUGAUAAAUAUCUUAAGCAGUUUGUUAAAGAUUUUGAAACUUUUUAUGGCCCAUCAGCUAUGACAUUCAAUGUUCAUCUACUUACACAUUUAGUAGAAUGUGUUACUUACUGUGGUCCCUUGUGGGCAAUGUCAACAUUUCCAUUUGAAUCCAAUAUUUUAAAUUUAAAGAAUUUUGUUACUGGUCCAACAGGAGUUAAAUGGCAAAUUGUUUAUAAAUCAUUAAAAUUAGCAAAAUUGGAAACACUUUUAAUCAGUGAUGCAAAUAGGUCAGAGUCUUGUAAGAAAUUUCAUGAACAGAUUUCAAAACAUGUAAAAGAAUAUCGCUUGGAAGGCAAUGAUAAUAAUAAAUUGUUAGGUAGUUGCUAUGAGACUGAAUUCAAUAAUGUUCUAGUUGGAAGUUAUAAAAAAAAUUGUAAUUGGUGCUACGAUGUAUCAAACAAAAACAUACUCUAA